AUGUUAUAUCGAGAAACGUCGCUUUUCUGGCAUCUGAACAGAUUAAAUACAAGUAGAAGUAUAAGGCGUAUGACGACUGGGAGGCUACAAGCGAAACCGUCCCGUUCUUCAGCUUUGACCAUGGCGGAUACCAGCGCUGACAACCCGGCACAUGAGCAAUUCAUGAGAGAGGCUUUGCAAAUGGCCGAGCAAGCUCUUGCGAUAGGCGAAACACCCGUUGGCUGCGUCCUGGUGCAUGAUGGCAAAGUAAUUGGCCGCGGAAUGAACGACACCAAUAGGUCUUUGAAUGGGACAAGACAUGCUGAGUUCUUGGCCAUUGAAGAGGCCUUGAGAUCCUAUCCACGAUCCAUAUUUCGGACGACGGAUCUUUACGUGACGGUUGAACCGUGUAUCAUGUGUGCCUCGUUGCUGAGGCAAAAUUAUAUCCGACGUGUUUUCUUUGGCUGCGUAAAUGAUCGCUUCGGGGGAACUGGAGGAGUUUUAAAUUUGCAUUCAGACCGGGCAAUUGAUCCGCCAUAUACAGUGUAUGGCGGCAUAUUCCGCAACGAGGCGAUCAUGCUCCUACGCCGUUUUUAUAUCCAAGAAAAUGAAAAAGCACCCAAUCCACGGCCAAAGUCCAACCGUGAAUUGAAGAGGAAACUUGACGACGCUGAUGAGCCGACGUCACUGGCACCAUCUUUUCAGACACCAUGAUGUUGCACGUGGGGUGAAAAUUCACCACCUGCAUUGACACCGAACACAAUUGCCCUUAACAAAGGAAAACUAGCAUUUCGAGCCAUGAAGGCCCUCCUUCUGCAUGCGUUCGGCUUCUAGUUCCCGCUCCGCUUGGCGGUAGUAUUUCGCAGUGUCGACACCAUGCUGUUUAGUUGGUAGUUAGCAAACACUCCCAAUAACGAAUUAUCCGGGAUAUUUACCUGGUUAUGGUUCACAACAUUGAACCAAGGAAUGACAUGGAUAAACAAGCUCGAGUAUCGCGAAUUUCUCGCAGCGACACCCUGCAUGUAAGGGGACAGCGAGGACUCUCCGUAUAGAGGCUCUCCUCUCUUCACUUUAUCAACCAUUUCUCUCAUA